AUGCACCGUUUUAUAUCUAUCUAUCUAUCUAUCUAUCUAUCUAUCUAUCUAUCCCAGUCGGUUCAUAUCUAUCUUUCUCACUGUUCAUUAUCUAUCUAUCUAUCUAUCUAUCUAUCUAUCUAUCUAUCUAUCUCAGUCUGUUCAUAUCUAUCUAUCUAUCUAUCUAUCUAUCUAUCUAUCUAUCUAUCUAUCUAUCUAUCUAUCUCAGUCUGUUCAUAUCUAUCUAUUUAUCUCAGUGUGUUCAUAUCUAUCUAUCUAUCUAUCUGCAUGUCGGCAUUCUUUAUUUCUUGUCCAUUCUUUUUCUUUCUUUCUUUCUUUCUUUCUUUCUUUCUUUCUUUCUUUCUUUCUUUCUUUCUUUCUUCUUUCCAAAUGUCUCACGUUACUUCUAAUUUAUGCGUCCCUAUCUUUCUUUGUUUCAUUGUUAAUUACUCAUUUCUUUCUUUCUUUCUUUCUUUCUUUCUUUCUUUCUUUCUUUCUUUCAUCGGGUUCUAUUCAGUCGUUUCUUUUCUUUCUUUUUUCUUUGUACUUACUCUAAUUUCUUUUAUCCUUUCUUAUUCACCCAACUCUUUCUUUUUUCUUUUAUCCCCAUUCUCUCAUUCAUUUUUAUUCACCCGUCUCUUUCUUUCUUUCUUUCUUUCUUUCUUUCUUUCUUUCUUUCUUUCUUUCAUCGGGUUCUAUUCAGUCGUUUCUUUUCUUUCUUUUUUCUUUGUACUUACUCUAAUUUCUUUUAUCCUUUCUUAUUCACCCAACUCUUUCUUCCUUUCUUUAUCCCCAUUCUCUCAUUCAUUUUUAUUCACCCGUCUCUUUCUUUCUUUCUUUCUUUCUUUCUUUCUUUCUUUCUUUCUUUCUUUUCCGGUUCUAUUCAGUUUUCUUUUCUUUCUUUUUUUCUUUUCUUUUUUUCUUUUUUCUUUCUUAUUCACCCCAACUCUUUCUUCCUUUCUUUAUUCCAUUCUCUCAUUCAUUUUUUUCAUCGGGUUUCUAUUCUUCUUUCUUUUCUUUUCUUUUCUUUUUUCUUUUUUCUUUCUUUCUUUCAUUUCUUUCAUCCUUUUCUUUCUUUUUCUUUGUACUCUUUUUCUUUUAUCCUUUCUUUUCACCCCUCUUUCUUUCAUCCAUUUUCUCAUUCAUUUUAUUCCGUCUCUUUUCUUUCUUUCUUUCUUUCUUUCUUUCUUUCUUUCUUUUUUUUUUUCUUUCUUUCUUAUUUCUUUUCUUUCUUUUUUCUUUGUACUUUCUUUUCUUUCUUUUCUUAUUCACCCAACUCUUUCUUCCUUUCUUAUCUUUCUUUCAUCCAGUUUAUUUUCUUUCUUUCUUUCUUUCUUUCUUUCUUUCUUUCUUUCUUUCUUUCUUUCUUUCUUUCUUUCUUAUUCUUAUUUCGCUUUCUUUCUUUCUUUCUUUCUUUCUUUCUUUCUUUCUUUCUUUCUUUCUUUCUUUUCACCUCUUUUCUUUUUUGUUUCUUUCUUUCUUUGUCCAAUCUCUUUCAUACUUUCUUAUUAA